GUUAAAGUGAAACACAAAGCAACGAAGAAGAAGGUCUCCGGAAGCUACUUUUUGUGAACACGCGGUGCGUCCGGCCUUUCUAACAGGGCAGCGAGAAGGAACAUGGCCAAGAUCAAGGCUCGAGAUCUGCGGGGCAAGAAGAAGGAGGAGCUGCUGAAGCAGCUGGACGACCUGAAAAACGAGCUGUCCCAGCUCCGUGUGGCCAAGGUUACCGGCGGAGCCGCUUCCAAGCUUUCCAAAAUCCGAGUUGUCCGCAAAUCCAUCGCCAGAGUCCUGACUGUAAUCAACCAGACACAGAAGGAGAACCUGAGGAAGUUCUACAAGGGUAAGAAGUACAAGCCCCUGGAUCUGAGACCCAAGAAGACCAGAGCUCUGCGCCGCCGGCUCAACAAGCAUGAGGAGAGUCUGCGGACCAAGAAACAGCAGAGGAAAGACCUCCUCUACUCGAUCCGCACAUUUGCAGUCAAAGCUUAGAGGCUUUUUCUUUUGAUGAAAUAAAAUCUGUGAAAAAGACAAAA